CAGAAAGUAUAAAGCUUCUUACCUUUCUUUGCACUCAAAGCAUGAUUGCCUUCCAGGGAAAAAAAAAUAAUUAAUUUCAUGCUAAAAUGAUCAUUAGAUACUUCAAAAAACUUCUCUGAACGUUUCAAAGAUAAUAGAAAUGUGUGAAGCCAAAAACUUCUAUUUAUGGCUUCUUCAAAUUAUCGGCCUCUUAGGUCUCCUUGCUCUUUGUUUAUGGCUAAGUUUUCGUCCCAAAGAACCUACCUUCACCAUUACAGAGUUCUCUGUCCCAUCGAUAUCUAGCCAGAAAUCUUCUGCACCAGGCGAUGCGUACCAGGAUGACACCGAUACGGUGGGAAAGAGAAAAAUUUCUUCUUUCAAACAAGAAAAGGAUAAGAAGAUUCAAGAUAGGUACAACAUGGAUGCUGAUGAGAAAGUACAGAGAGCUCUUGCCAAUUCAAUUUCAAAUGGAAACGCUGAAUUGAAGGCUGAUUUAUCAACCAUGAUUCGGUAUAAUACUUGGGGAAUUAGGAGUAAGCAUCAUGCAAUCCACUUGCAAGCUACUAUUCCAGUUGGUUCAGAUGGGAAGAUAUCUGGUAAGAAGAAGAAGAUUAAACUGCAUAACCUAUACAAGAAAUGGAAAUUGAGGGAUAAAAGAUUUCUUUGAGCAACUUUACAUUUGUUAUUUAGUUCGAUAGGACUAAUGAAGAAUCAAUAAAGAACUCUGCUGUGUGUUUUCA